AUGACUCCAUUGUACGGCGCAGAUUUCGCCUACAAAGAUCAGGACCUCGAAGAAGGCACCAAACACGUCUCUCUCAAUCUACCCAAUCUUGAACACGAUCUUGUUUGUACAUUAAAUUUCUCCGUUCACAUAGCGAGCAAUGCCAACAUUCGCUUGACUCGAGCAUUCUCAUCUGGAACCUCACAUCAAAGUGAAUCCGAUUCGAAACCAUCACUAGUGAAAAGGACACCCGUAUCUCGCCCGCGAGUCAUUGAUGCCAGAUCACUCGGUACACGCCACGCUGCUCCUAAUCAGUCAAAUAUCAUUCGAGCACCUCAAUUACGGCUUCGACGUGGUACACUUGCACGAGGCCGACCAGGAGCUGGCGGAGCAAGGAAAACAGGCAAAUCUCGCACAGCCAACGCGGCAGCAGCAAACAAACGCACACAACGCCGCAAGCGAGAUAAUGAGGAAGACGGCGAAGAAGUCGGUCGCGGAAAUGAUUUGGAGGCUGUUUUUAACGAAGUGAAAAAUGCCUCGAAACCGAAACCUGUGCGGUACACACCGGUCAAUUACGACAUGACCGCUUUGAAGGAUACAUGGCCGUCUUUACCCACGGGCAAAACAGGAUCAACGGGUACCGUCGUGGAACGAUUGAAUCUACUGAGUCGUCGAUACGGAGCCGGCUAUGUCUCACCAAUCGAACUCGCCAAGCGACUCUUUGACGGUGAACGAGUCUUCUUCACCGGCGAAGAAGAGAAGAAAACCGUCAUGGCCGAAGUGAGCAGACUCGCGCAGGAACGAGCCGAUAAAUUGACGCAACGCAAAGGCGAUUUGAUUGAGCCUGAAGAUUCGAGUUUUGCGUCUAUCAAGGAUGACGAGAAGAAGGCUCUCGUGGGGCAGAUUGUGCGUGGGCAGUAUGAGGGAUGGCAAAAGGGGGAUGUGCGUCAUCCGGUGUUGGAUGAGGUGCAGAGACAGCUUUAUAAUAAUGAGACUUAUCGGAUGACCGGGAAACAGGCUGAGUUUAUGGGCAAGUUUCAGUCUUUACUUGCUUCGGUGCAGCGGGCAAAACGGGCUUCAACUUGA